GUAUAAAAAUGGGCGAACGCAGGAAGCAGAAUGCAGCCAAAGGAGAUCAGAAGAAAAUGGCGAAUGGAGCAAAAGAAGGCGACGGGCAGUGGGGCCGAGCCUGGGAAGUGGACUGGUUCUCGCUGGGCGGAGUCAUCUUCCUGCUGAUGUUUGCUCCACUCAUUGUCUAUUAUUUUAUCAUGUCCUGUGACCAGUACCAAUGUGCCCUCACCGGACCUCUUGUUGACUUGUACUCUGGAAAAGCCCAGCUGUCCGACAUCUGGAAUAAGACCCCACUGCUGACCUGGAAAGCUGCCUACAUCUACGCCGCCUGGGUCUCCUUCCAGGUGUUCUUGUAUAUGGCACUUCCAGAUAUCUGCCAUAAAUUUUUACCCGGUUAUGUUGGAGGUGUCCAAGAAGGAGCUCGAACGCCGUCUGGAACAGUCAACAAGUAUGAAGUGAACGGGCUCCAGGCUUGGAUCCUCACCCACAUCCUAUGGUUUGCCAAUGCCUACCACUUCCACUGGUUCUCUCCUACCAUCAUCAUCGACAACUGGAUCCCCUUGUUGUGGUGCACCAACAUACUAGGCUAUACCGUGUCCACCUUCGCACUUAUCAAAGCUUAUUUCUUCCCAACGAACGCCAAAGACUGUAAAUUCACUGGAAAUUUCUUCUACGACUACAUGAUGGGGAUCGAAUUUAACCCUCGCAUUGGAAAGUGGUUUGACUUCAAGCUGUUCUUCAAUGGGCGCCCCGGAAUUGUGGCCUGGACCUUGAUAAACCUGUCCUAUGCAGCAAAGCAGCAGGAGUUAUACGGGCAGGUCACCAACUCUAUGAUCCUUGUCAAUGUCCUCCAGGCCAUCUACGUGGUGGAUUUCUUCUGGAACGAAGCCUGGUACCUGAAAACGAUAGACAUCUGUCAUGACCAUUUCGGCUGGUACCUGGGAUGGGGAGACUGCGUCUGGCUGCCUUUCCUCUACACUUUACAGGGUUUAUAUCUGGUGUACAACCCGGUACAGCUCUCAACAACAGCGGCCGCAGCGAUACUUCUGCUCGGGCUUGUCGGGUACUACAUCUUCAGGAUGACCAACCAUCAGAAAGACCUCUUCAGACGCACCAACGGCAACUGCGUCAUCUGGGGCAAGAAGCCGAAGUUCAUUGAAUGCGCUUACACGUCCACGGACGGCAAGAAGCACUACAGCAAGCUCAUGAUCUCGGGCUUCUGGGGGGUGACCCGCCACAUGAACUACACCGGGGACCUGAUGGGAUCUCUGUCUUACUGCCUCGCCGGCGGAUUCGACCACCUGCUGCCUUAUUUCUACAUCAUCUACAUGACCAUCUUGCUGGUCCACCGCUGCCUCCGCGACGAGCACCGCUGCUCCAGCAAGUACGGCAAAGACUGGAAGCUGUACACAGACGCGGUCCCCUAUCGCCUGCUGCCGGGAAUAUUCUAAUGGCUACGAUGUCAUUUCAGGUGAAAACAACGGA